AUGCCGACCAAACAGCAGUCGACCGCAGGGUCGCUGGUAACGAAUGUCCACGUUGUCGAAGACAUUGUCAGCGAGAUAAAAGAAAACCUGAGGUAUCGAAAUGUAGCACUCAAAGCAAAAUCCAGCCUCAAAACGCCCGUGAGGAGAUCGACGCCCUAUCACAUACCCUGCCGGUCCUGGAGCGAGGACGCGGCGGCCAUUAAAAGUAAAAAGCAACGGGAGGAGGAAGAGGAUCCUUACGAAUUGCUACAAGCACUUAUAGAUAACAAUACGUUAGUUAAGGAAGCCGUCCGAAGGUUGCAGCAAGGACUUUCGGCCAAACAGCGCUACUUCUACGAAUCCGACGAGGAGUGCAUGAGCCCGGUGCUACGAAUGUGCCGGCUCGAAUUGUGA